AUGGCACCACAAACCAGCGAUGGGGAUCCCCAGUUACAUCAGUUCCGAGUCCCGGGGAAUAUCUUACCUCUCCAUAACAGCAUCCCCCUGGAGCUCGUUCAUCGAUAUGAUCCUGUCUAUGUGGAACACUACAACAAAUACAACGCCGGUCGUCUACAUACCCACGAGGUACCGAUUGAAGAAUUCCGAAAGGACCCUGCCCGCUACACUACGGUCUAUGGCCGCGCCGUAGGUCCCGAUAUAUUUCGCAUUACAGAGCAGAAAUGUCCCGUGGACGGGGGCGAGAUUGCGGUUCGGAUCUUUGAGCCAGCGCCUAAAUUGGAUGACCAGGGGCGGCCAAAGAAGAGAGCUGCAUACCUCAAUUUUCACGGCGGUGGAUGGGUAUUCGGCGGGCUGUCGGCUGAUCACGACUUUUGCAAGACGGUUGUCGAUGGGCUUGACGGAGAUCUGGUCGCCUUUGAUGUCGAUUAUCGACUGGCUCCUGAGAAUAAGUACCCCAUCGCCGUGGAAGAUUGUUGGGCUGCUUUCAACUGGGUCCGUGGGCAAAAGGCAGUCGAAUUCAACCUGGACCCAGAUCGACUGUCUGUCGGUGGCGCGUCUGCAGGAGGCCAUCUUGCAGCAGUCAUCGCCCAUCUGUGUCGGGAUGCGGGCAUUCCCUUACGUUUGCAAGUGUUGACCGUUCCGGUAUGCGAUAUGCAUAGUACCUUUACUCCAGAUGGUCAGUUCGAUCGGGGAAAGUGCCCGUACGAGUCGUAUCGGGAGAUGGAAUUUGCCCCGGCACUUCCUGCGGCACGCAUGGCAUACUUCCACCGGCAUUUCCUCGGGGUGCCCCGGCCACCACCGUCCAAAGAUGACUGGAAAAUAUCACCUAUGUUUGCUCCCAACUUUCAAAAUCUAGCCAAAGCCUUUGUGUCGACUGCCGAGCUAGAUCCGCUGCGCGAUGAAGGGGAGGUAUAUGCAGCCAAGCUCGAGGCGGCAGGAAAUCGAGUGGAGCUUAAUCGUAUUGCUGGCGCUCCACAUCUUGUUGCAGCUCUGGAUGGCAUUCUGCAAGGUGGACAGGAGUAUAACCGCAAGGUGAUUGCUGCAUUGAAGCAGGAGGUUCGAGGAUAA